UUUAAAAGUCGGCUGAUUUACUACCUCAAAACCCUAAACCUAGUUCUACGUUUGUAAACAUUCACAAUCCUAUUGUACUGCUAGUGUUACUACAUUUCCCAGUCUACUUGCUGAAAUUCCAUAUUUUUCUUCUCGUUUGAAUCCAAUUUGAGGAACCCAGAUCCGAGACGGCUUUGAUAGACGCGAAAAAAAAAUGGCGACUACUGAUGAUAUUGGUGUAAAUUUCUAGAAAAGAAGGUUCCACUGGUGGCAGAUCCAAUGAAACAUAUUGUGAAGAUUAUGGCAUUGCUGGUGGCUUUAUCAGCCGUCUGGAUUAGCCUGUUGCUGACAUCGGUAGUUCCAGAGAGCUAUGCUUGGUUGCUGCCUCUCUACUUCAUUGUAUCACUCGGAUGUUAUGGUUUGUCAAUGGUUGGGAUUGGUCUGAUGCAAUUCCCUUGUUGUCCACAGGAAGCAGUUCUGUUACAAAAGGAUAUUAUUCAAGCCAAAGAUUUCCUGAAGACAAGAGGGGUUGAUUUUGGUUCGAAUUGAACAACAGAUCUAUAAUAGUGGUUAUUAGAGAUCCGUAGUGAAAGUAUUUCCUUAACAGAGCAAUUCUUGAGAUGAUGAACUUUGGAUUCUAUUAAGACAACUUUGUCCUGAUUUUUUGCAUAACUAGUUCAAUGUUUGUGCAGUGUAGAAGCGCUAUGUAGUUGGGGUAGAAAAAAUUAUACUUCUAAUGGAACUGAUUCUUGAAUCAAUUGAGUUUCUUCUGUUUGAGUU